CUCUCUCUCUCUCUCUCUCUCUCCUCUCUCUUUCUAUUGUAUCUUUCUUCCCCUCUUUGCCACCCCAAUCCCCAUUCCCUUCUCCUCUCUCUCUCUUUUCUCCUCUCUUUCUAUUGUAUCUUUCUUCCCCCUUCACCACCACCAAUCAUAUAUUUGUUUCUCUUUCAUUACCAUCACUGCAGUACUGUUGGUUGUUUCCAUUCUUCGUGGGCGGCGAAGCGAUGGGCCGCCGGCUUCAUGGCGAGCACCUCAAGCAGCUGAGGGACAUCUUCGCCAGGUUCGACAUGGACUCCGACGGCAGCCUGACCCAACUGGAGCUCGCGGCCCUCCUCCGCUCCCUCGGCUUGAAGCCCACAGGCGACCAGAUCCAUGCCUUGCUUUCUAACAUGGAUGCCAAUGGAAAUGGCUCCAUCGAGUUCAACGAGCUCGCCAAUGCCAUCGCCCCCUUGAUGAGCGAUCAGGCCCUCAUCAACCAAGAACAGCUUCUGGACGUCUUCAGGUCGUUCGACCGCGACGGCAAUGGUUAUAUAUCGGCGGCGGAGCUGGCCAGGGCGAUGGCACGGAUGGGGCAGCCUCUCACUUUCUGCGAGCUGAACGAGAUGAUGCACGAGGCCGACACCGACGGCGAUGGCGUAAUCAGCUUCACGGAGUUCGCCGCCGUAAUGGCCAAGUCCGCCGCCGACUUCCUUGGCCUCGCCGUGUCGUAGGAUCACGGGACUCGGUCUCGAGCGUUUCAUUGACCUGGUCAGCCGGCGGCCCACUUGGUUAAUUUUAUUACCGUAGCGCCCUUCUUGUUGUUGUUGGGUUUGGGAUAAAAUGUACAGAAGGGAUGAUGAGAUUGGAAGACGGUGAUUAGGUGGUAGAAAUGCGGGACAAAGUUUUUGAUAAUCUUUCCCCACCGUAAAAGUCUCCAUGGAGGAAGACACAGAGAGAGAGAGCGUUUCAGAAAUGUAAUGGUUUUUGAUCUUGUAUUUUUUUCCAGGUUCCAAUCGUCCAUCUCAAGGGCCUUUCUUUCGUGAAUUUUGGUAAAACAUGAUGGCUUUUCUGGGUCUUUUCUUGGGUUUGGACGGUAGUUUAUGGUCAUCGAGAUCUUCCAAGCCGUGCAGAAGGAAAACAAAUGGAGGAGACUUUUG